AUAUCCAAUGACGACCUAUAUCCGUUAUGAUCCUUGUAGGCAUGGCGAACUUUCAGACAAUAAUAUAUUCAUUCUUUGUCGUCUCCUUGUUUCUAUAUCGGGCAAGCGCAGAGAAGAGAAUACUAUUAUCCGACCCGAACUACGUCAUUCACAUCGAGUCGGCCCUAGCUGAAUUGACAGCUAAAGUGUACGCCCUCCAGACUAAAUUCAGUACCCAACAGGAUGAUUUGGACAAUCUGGAGACAACGCUUCCCGUCACAGUUUCCGGGGCUACCUUCGUGAGAUGGGGACGUACAACGUGUCCCGGGAACGGCACGGAACUGGCUUAUGAAGGUGUCGCUGCUGGAGCUCUAUAUACGGAUACAGGCGGGGCGGUGGAAUAUGUAUGCAUGCCAAACAAUCCUGUACACGAAUUCACGGAUUACGUCGAUAACGACGCACACAUGUAUGGCGCCUUGUACGAAUCAAAGGUGUUCAGUUCCACAAACACCGGAGACCGGGCGCCUUGCGCCGUUUGUCAUGCCACGACUCGGGCGUCCCAACUCAUGGUGCCAGGGCGUAAUGCAUGUCCUUCGGGUUGGACCUUGGAAUAUCACGGAAUCUUAUCAUCCGGGUACCGCGGCCACAAGGCUGGAACUCAGUAUAUAUGCUUGGACGCAGCUGCUCAGUCCUUGGCUUCGUUUAGCAGUAAUGCUGUUGGUAAAUUGCUGUACAGGGUUCGCGGGAAAUGCAGUUCUCUCCCUUGCCCACCGUAUUUAGAUGGUAGGCUGUUGUCUUGUGCUGUCUGCACCAAAUAAAAUUGCAUUCUUUUUGCAUAAACAAUAA